UUUUUUUCUUUUUUUCGUCUUCUUUUUUUUUUACUUUUACUUUUACUUUUAUUAUUCUUUUUGUUUUUCUUUUUUUUAAAAAAAAAUGAAGUUUAUAGUGUUAAGUUCUUUGGCUGGUUUAGCUGCUGUUUCAGCUCAGAAUGCUGUUAACAAUACUGUUGCUACAACUACUGUACCUAUUUUAACUACAUCUACCAUUGCUGCUGCUGCUGUACCUACUGGAAACGUCUGUGCUGUUCAGAGCACCUUUGAAUUGUGUUUGCAAAAUGAAGAUAAUUAUAUAAAAACUUGUCAGGAUCAAGAUUUUGCAUGUUUGUGUAGAUGGAAUAAGGAGAAAUUAACAUGUUGGAAUAAUUGUCCUAAUGCGGAUGGCUAUGGUGCUCAACAAGCACUUGUUCAAAACUAUUGUUCAAUGCCUGGAGCCAAUGUAUCUAUUACUCCAUGGACGAGCAGUGUAGCAGCUACUUCUACUCCAAUUGUACAAAGUAGCGCUGUUUCUACUUCUACAACUUCUGCCAACUCAACACCUACUAACAAAACUUCAAGUGCAUCAAUUUUAAUGUUGAGCCAAGGUGCGCUUGCUAUUGUCGGUGUUGUUGCUACAUAUAUGCUUUUCUAAAUAUAGCAUGUUUAAACUAUUAUUAUAAUAACUUGCAUAGUUCGAAUAAGCAAUUAUGUGUACUCUGAUUAUAUUGUUAACUUUAUAUUCCUUUUUUUUAGUUCAUAUACAUAUAAAUAUAUAUAUCUUUUUUUUUUUGGUCGUCUAUAAUAAAUUUAUGUAAUAAAUACAGGCUUUAUGAAUGUUGUAUUCAAUGAAA